CAAUAGCCUUUCACUCGGUCAUUCUUUUCGGUGUCUCAAACGACAAGGAGGGGCCCCCCUCUCUCUCUCACUCGUCUAUAAAAUCUGCCGUUCGUUCGACUAGCAGCUCAAUCCACUACCUUCUUCUAACGAGAAGAGUCCACACCACCAAGAGGCGGACACCACCACUGGAGACGGCAACUUUAGAACAAUUCGGGGAAUCGUUGAUACGUGUAAGACUUUGAUUGGAAAUUUUUGGAGAAUCUUCACAACCCAUCAGACACAAAAGAAAAAAUGGCAGGUCUAAUGACUAACGCGUCCGCUACCAACAAAGCCGUGCUGGAUCGCUACAUGAGACUCCCGCAGCCAGACGACAAAGUCAUGGCUACGUAUGUCUGGAUCGACGGCACGGGCGAAUACGUCCGAGCAAAGACGAGAACCAUCGAUUUCAUCCCAAAGACUCCAUCGGAAUUGCCAAUUUGGAACUAUGACGGAAGUUCAACAUAUCAGGCCGAAGGCAGCAAUUCGGAUGUUUAUCUCUACCCGGUGGCCAUCUAUCGCGAUCCUUUCUGUUUGGGCAACAACAGGCUCGUCCUCUGUGACACUUACAAGUACAACAAGAGACCCACCGAGUCAAACCAUCGCAACUCUUGCCUUGAAGCCAUGAAUUCGGCUGCCGAAUACGAGCCAUGGUUUGGCAUUGAGCAAGAAUACACUCUGUUAGAUAAUGAUCUCCAUCCCUUCGGCUGGCCCAAGAAUGGCUUCCCUGGACCCCAGGGACCGUACUAUUGCGGUGUAGGAGCCAACAAAGUUUUCGGACGAGAUAUUGUCGAAGCUCAUUAUCGUGCUGCUCUUUACGCCGGGGUCAAUAUUUCGGGGACCAACGCUGAAGUUAUGCCCGCUCAGUGGGAAUUUCAAGUCGGUCCUUGCGAAGGUAUUACAAUGGGCGAUGAUUUGUGGAUGGCUCGUUACAUUUUGCAUCGCGUCGCUGAAGAUUUCGGCGUCAAUGUUUCCCUGGAUCCUAAACCGAUGAAAGGUGAAUGGAACGGAGCUGGAGCCCAUUGCAACUUCUCCACCAAAGCCAUGCGAGAAGAAAACGGCAUUGCAGAGAUUGAAAAAGCAAUUGAAAAAUUGUCUCGCUGCCAUGUGAAACACAUCAAAGCCUACGAUCCCCAUGAGGGCAAAGAUAAUGAGCGACGUCUUACCGGCCGUUGUGAAACUUCGUCCAUUCACGAUUUCUCUGCCGGUGUGGCUAACCGCGGUUGCAGUAUUCGCGUGCCUCGUGGAGUGGCUGAAGAACGCAAAGGUUACUUGGAAGAUCGCCGUCCGGCUUCCAACUCUGAUCCAUAUCAAGUGACCGAAGUGGUUGUCCGCACCACUUGUCUCGAACAAUAGACUAUCCUGAUAUUUUUUAGGCCCCAUUUUUCAUAAAGAAGAGUAAACCAUCCAUUCCUUCUAUGUCCCGAAGGCGCAAAAUAAAACAACAAAAAAAAAAAACUACCACGUUCUAUCGAUUAUCGCCAAAUUGUAAUCUGACCCCUCUAAUUUUAAUAUUCUCAUUCUGUGGUCGUUCCCUUUUUCUCCUAUGUGACGUUAUCGAUUUGUGUAAAUAAUCUGAUCGAUUGGCAAUUUUGAAAUUCAUCAGUAAGCAAACAUGAAAUAUGCAGUAUGUGUUACCAAACUUAAUGUCAGGUAAAUACAAAAAUUUUUAGAUAAUCUAAA